AUGCACUAACAGCGACGUUUAUCUCCAGCUCCAUCUAGUCCAUGUCCCAGAAUUUGUAAUAUCCAUCAUUUAUUUGCUUAUAGAAUAGUAAUCUAAUCGCAUGCAGUUUCUUCAACCAUAAUAUGUAGUUCCUUAACAACCACAAUAUUGUUAAUAACCAAUAGUUCUUAAAACUGAAGAAUUGAGACCUGUUUAAUAAUAACAUCAUUAAUCUAGAGAAAGAGAAAAAGAAAAUUUAAAUCCAAAAGCAUUUUAAUCGGGCAGACUAUUAAGUCAAUAUGAUACUCCAUAACAUUCAUAAAGAUCUCUAUAAUAAAUACCAGUUGGAGCUUUUCCAUCUCAAUCUUCAAAUGAUACCCAAAUUAAAUAAUUAAAAGAAGAAAUGCUCAAAAUGUUUGAAUUUUCUCGAAAAGAUUUUGAAUUACUAAAAACAGAAUUAGAAUAAACUAAGCAAGAUUUACUUGAACAAAAAAAAAUGAAUAAAACAUUUAUUACUUAAAUAGAAUCAUUAAAUUAGUAAUUAGUAUAAGAAUAAGAAUAAGCAAUCAAAUUUAAAAAUCAAAUUGAUGAAUUAUAAAAAGAAUAGAUAAAAUAAAAUAAUGAUCUUGCCCUUUAUUCAGGAAUUAAAUAAGAUAUAAUAAUAGAAUUACAAGCAUAUUUUGAUAACUAACUUAAAUUACAAAGCACUUAAUAAUAAUAACCUUAAUAGUAAAUUACAUUAGACACAUAUGACACAUAUAUAAAAAAAUAUGAAUAAUUUAAUAAAUAAGUCAAUGAUUAUUUAUUAAAUAGAAAAUUACCAGAUAAUUAAUAUAAUGAUACUAUUGAAUCUGAUAAUAGUAAUUUAAUCAAAGAAAAAGAGUCACCAGUUAAAUUAUUGAAUUAAGAAGAAUAACAAAUUAUAUUCACCAAAGAGGAUAUGGAUAGAUGUAAAAAAUUAAUUUAAUUAUAGAUAAAAUGUCAAUCAUUCAUGAAAAUGAGAAUGAAGAAGAUGAAAUCAUUUAUUAAGUAGAUGAAAAUGGAUAUGUGAUGAAUCAAGAUGGAAAUCAUCUUGUAGAUAAUUUUGGAAGGUUAAUUUAAUUAUCUGAUAAAGAUAUUGAAUACUUUAAAAGCAAAAAUUAAUUAGAUGAAAUCAAGUGA